CCUCUCGCCCUCACCUCUACCACCUUCACCUCCGCCAGCUCGUCACCUCGAGCUGCUGCGUGUUCUGCGUCUGUCGCGACCGCCGCACAGCUUCACCACCGCCUCCCUUCCUCGCCGGCUCCUCUGCCGCUGGGCGGUGCCUCCACCCCGAGCCUGCUGCGGCCUGCUUGCCACACGCCUGCUGCGCAGCUCCGCUCUGCGACUCGGCGAGGCCUUCGCCGCUGCCUGGCCAUGCCUUCCAUGACCAUGCUGCAGCGCAGCCGCAUGCUCGGGCGCUCCGGCAGCGCUGCGCUCGCGGCCAGUGCGACGCCCGGCGCCUCGGCCGCCACGCUGCCGCGUCUGCGCGUGGCGCCACGACGGACCGCUGCCCGUGCCGCCGCUGCGCUGCACACGUCGGCGCCGAGCAGACUGCGCGCCUCGCUCCGUCGGUCUGCACCGCCAGACGCAGACACGACGGCGCCGAUGCAGUCAGAGAUACUCUCUGCGCCAAAGCCGUUCUUCCAGCAGUUCAAGACCCGCCUGCCGAUUCCGCUGCCGUCACACGUGGGCGAGGCCGAGUUCUUUCGUGUCACGGACGGCAAGAAGAUUCUAGGAAGGGGCAAGGCGCGCGGCGUGAGAGACCCUUCUGCCACGCCUCCGACGGCUGAUGAGCUGCGCGACCUCGAGCUCGACCGCAGAUUCUUUCUGCCCUCUCGCCCGCGCGAGAACCUCUCGAUCCUGCGGGCAUGCCUCACCACCGGUCUCGUCGACCGCGCCACGAAGCUCUUCCAGCAGCUGCAGGCCGAAGAGGACGCGCGGAGCAAGGAGACGGAGCAUGACCGAGUAGCCUCGGGUCACCACUUUCUGCUCGACGAGCCGCUCUACAACCUGAUGCUCGGCGCUUUCCUGCGCAAGGCGUGGGCGACGAAGAGCAACCGAGACAACGAGUGGCUCAGGCGCGCCUGGGCAAUGUUCGAAGAGAUGUCGGAGAGCACGCCAGAGUCGCGUAUCUUGCGGCCUCGGCCCGGGCACUCGACGUUGGCCAUCAUGCUGAAGGGCGUAGUCAGAUUGCAGAGCUCCGGAAGCUAUCCGGCCGGCUCCCCGUCUCUGUACACCCUAGUCAGCGCGGCACGCCGCUUCGACAUCCCGCUCGAGCGCAUCUUCAACUCCCACAUCUUCACUGACUCGGCUCCAGACGACGCCUCGACUCUUUCGCGCCAUCGCGAUCAGGAGCCCGACGCCGCACACGCCAUCGCCAUGCUCAUCGACGCGACGUCCGAGGCAGGCGACAUGCUCGCUCAGACCGAGCUGCAGACGGUCGCGCAGAGCAUCGCCUCGGGCGCGAGCGCAGAGCACGACGAGUUCGACUUGGCAGCAGAUCUCGAGUCUCCGGAGCCUCUGAACCCUACGACCAAGAUGUCCUCGGAUGGGCUGAACAGGGUGGUGCCGAACCUCGACAUUCUGCGCGACAGCCUGGUCGCCGUGGUCGAGGGCCGGCAGACGGAGGCGGAUCCUUACAUGCGGCAAGAGAUUCUGGAACGCAGCGCGCUCAAGGCGGCGCGUCAGCGCCUCGAAAUGGAGGCGAAGCAGAUGGCGGGCGUCUCUGCGCGCAACGACAGCGGGCUCAAGGGCCGCCAGCUGCGCCUUUGGAUGUGGGAGUGGCUGCAGAAGCUGGAAGCGCGCAUCGCGAAGGAGGUUGAGCGCAUGAGCAUCGACCAGGCGAAUGCUCGGCGUAAGCGCACGUCACAGACGGCCAGCAGCUCCAACGACGGACUCGACGCCGAGAGCCAGACGUCUGCCAGCAUGCCCCACGAAGAGGACCUCUUGCCCUUCCUGGGGCUGCUCAGUCCCAACUCGCUCGGCCUGCUCACCAUCGUCGAGAUCAUGCGGCUGCACGGCACAUCCGGCGUGCCGGACGGCACAAAGGCCACGCGCGCGCUGAUCCACAUCGGACGCGCCGUCGAGAACGAGCACCACAUGAAUCUGCUGCGCAAGAAGCCGCACCUCCGCAAACUCGCGCGCAAGCUCAGUCUCAACCUGCGCGGCGAGCGUGUUCUCGACCAGGGCCUCCGCGCCCGACUCCGCGCCGAGGCCGAGGCGGAGGGUGCCAACGACAUCGCCGGCGAGUUGGAGCCGUGGACGCAGCCGAUCCGCGCGCGCGUCGGCAGCUUCCUGAUCCAGCUGCUCAUGCAAGAGGCCACCGUGACGCGCUCGGCGCGCGACGCCGACGGCAAGCUGCACGUCGAGGAGCACCCGGCGUUCUAUGCGGCGUACCAGUACGUCCAGGGGCGCAAGCUGGGCAUCAUCCGCGUCAACGAGGUGGUGGGUGAGCGCCUCGACAAGGAGAACAUCGGCUCCGUCGACGCGCGCAUGCUGCCGAUGCUCGUCGCGCCUCGCCCGUGGAUGGCGCACGACCAGGGCGGCUACCAGACGACGCGGACGACGGCCAUGCGCUACAAGGACAGCCUCGAGCAGGCGCAGUACAUGCAGGCUGCGUCGGACAAUGCCGAGCUCGACGUGGUGCUCUCCGCGCUGGAUGUGCUUGGCCAGACGCCUUGGCGCGUCAAUCGGCGCGUGUACGAUGUGAUCUCCGAGGUGUGGAACAGCGGCGCUGAGUUUCUCAAGAUCCCCGCGUCGCCCUUUGCCGAGCCCGAGCCGGAACGCCCGGUGGACUACGACACGGACCUGCAGGCCAAGUCAGACUAUGUGCGCCGGCUGAAGGUCUGGUCGCUCGACAAGGCCAACGCGCACUCGCGGCGAUGCGACCUCAACUACAAGCUCGAGGUCGCACGCGCAUUCAUGGGCGAGCGCAUGUUCUUCCCGCACAACAUGGACUUCCGCGGGCGCGCAUAUCCGAUCCCGCCGCACCUGAACCACCUGGGCGACGACCUGUGCCGUGGCCUGCUCCUCUUCGACGACGCCAAGCCGCUCGGCGCGCGCGGCCUGCGCUGGUUGCAAAUCCACCUGGCCAACUUGCACGGCUUCGACAAGGCCAACUUCCACGACCGGCAGCUCUUCGCAGAGCAGCACGAGAAGCAGAUCCGCGCCAGCGCUGCAAACCCGCUCGGCGAGAGCGAAGACGAGCAGUGGUGGCGAAAGGCCGACGACCCGUGGCAGUGCCUGGCCACGUGCAUUGAGCUGCAGCAGGCCUACGACCACCCCGAAGGGCCCGAGGCGUACGAGUCCCGCCUGCCGGUCCACCAGGACGGCACCUGCAACGGUCUGCAGCACUACGCCGCGCUCGGAGGCGACACGAACGGUGCGCAGCAGGUGAAUCUCGUCGGCGGCGACCGGCCCUCGGACGUGUACACCAAGGUGGCCGAUCUCGUCAUCGAGAUCAUCGAGCGCCAGGCGGCGAAUCCGGACCACCCACAGCAGGAUUUGGCAAACCUUGUGCGCGGCAAGAUCACGCGCAAGGUCGUCAAGCAGACGGUGAUGACGACCGUCUACGGCGUGACAUUCAUCGGCGCCAAGAACCAGAUCUACCGCCAGCUGCAGGACCGCGGCGACAUUCCCCUCGAGGCCGAGUACUACUGCGCCACGUACUUGGCGCACUGCGUGCUCAUGUGCAUCGGCGACCUGUUCUCCGGCGCCGGCGCCAUCCAGAGGUGGCUGACGCAGAGCGCACGCCUCAUCGCGCGCAGCAUCCCGCCACGCCGCAUCCCCGAGGCCGAUCGCGAAUACACGCGCGACAUCGCCGCUCCGCGCGAAAUGGCCGGUCCCCGGCUGCCAGGGCGCCCUCGUGCUGCCAACGAAGGUCUGGAGCCGGAGGCGCCCGCUGUGCUGUACCUGGCGGGGGCCCGCCUGGCCAAGGAGCAGAUGACAUCGGUCAUCUGGACGACGCCGCUCGGCCUGCCCGUGGUGCAGCCGUACCGCCGGACGCAGAAGAAGCAGAUCAACACCGCCAUGCAGAGCGUCUACAUCACCGACCCCAACCGCCUGGCCGAGGUGGACCCGACGAAGCAGGCCUCGGCCUUCGCGCCCAACUUCAUCCACUCGCUCGACGCCACGCACAUGUUCCUCACCGCCAUCGAGUGCCACGCCAAGCAGCUCACCUUUGCCAGUGUGCACGACUCGUACUGGACGCACGCGUGCGACAUCGACACGAUGAGCGACGUCAUCCGCGACACAUUCGUCCGGCUGCACUCGGAGGACAUUCUCGGUCGGCUGCGCGCCGAGUUCCUGGACCGCUACAAGGACUUCCUCAUUCCUGCGAAUGAGGCCCGCAAUGUCGCGCGCCAGGUGGCGCGGCGGGAGAUCCGGACCAAGAAACUGCGGGCGCUGGCUGCCCAGCCGGUGGACCAGAUGGGCGCCACCGACAUGUCCAAGGUCGCAGAGGCGUUGGCCGAGACGAACUUGUCCGAAGAGGCGGAGGCGAUCGAUGACAAGGAUGACGAUCCGUCGGAGCCAAGCCCAACGGAGGUGUCAGAGAUGAUGAUGGAUCGCCACAAGCCGGCGAGGCUGCCGAAGAGAUUCCGGCGCAAGAUGGCUGCGAACGAGGCUGCGAACGAGGCGGCGAACGAGGCGGCGAACGAGGCGGCGAACGACGCGGACGCGCCCGAGAGCGAUGUCUUUGGCCGCAACAUGCUGGGUCCGGACUCCGACUGGCGUCUCCAGACGGACAUGUCUGUUGACGAUGCGGCGUCGCGCUCCGUGCUGCACUACAACUCGCUGCCCCGCACAGGCUACGUCCGGCUGGCCGACCUGCUGCCCGCCACGCCGUCGCGCGGCGCCUUCGACGUCGCCGAGAUCAAGCGCUCGCUCUACUUCUUCUCCUAGACCUAAUCGUGCGGCUGCGGCCGCUCCAUACCACCACUCUAGACGCCGUCUCGCCCUCUCGCUCUCGAUUGCGCCGUUGCCGGCGCAGCUCAUGUGUACAACGUAGGAAUCAACAAUGCAUUUGUCGAGCCGCAGCAGCCGC